AUCAGAUUCUAUCAAGACCAAGCAGCUCUACUAAUAUCACAUUUUCUUUCCUACAGUAAUAUUACCUCGAGAUCCAAACGAAACCUUUCACUGCUCAUCCACUCUCUUAACUUUCCACUUCUUCACCAUGAAGGCAAACUUCCUCACGACUUUGAUGCUGGCUGAAGGCAUUGCUGGCCAUGCUAUCAACCGACCUUCCUCUUGUAAACCGGCUGUCCCAACCACUGGAAAAGCUGUGUACUUCCUAUCCAACGACGCCGACAAUUCGAUUAUAGCUUUACCUAUUCAACCGGAUGGCACUCUGAAGGCCGGGAAGAAGACCUCAGUGAAUGGAGUUGGGUCUAACACCCUAAAUGCUAUGAAACAGCCUGCUGCGCCGGACGCGCUCGUGAGCCAGUCUUCCAUCACCAUAUCUGGAAAUGUCAUCUUCGCCGUCAACGCAUUCAGUGGAUCUGUGACCCCAAUGACAAUCUCCGACAGCGACCCGACCCAACUAUCAUUCAUUAGCGAGGGUGCAACCUAUAUCCAAAAGCCUUUCCCGAAUACCGUCGCCGUAUCGGCCAAGAAUAACAUCUUGUGUGCUGCGACCACGGCCACACAAGCCGGUGUCUCCUGCGCUCCGUUCCAUGAUGGAGGUCUAUACUCGUUCAAGUCCGUGCUAUCCUUCGACCUCGGACAAUCGAACCCGCCCGUCGGCCCAACAAACACCGUCUCCCAAGUCUUGUUCUCCGAUGACGAGUCAACGCUCAUUACCAUCGUCAAGGGCGACCCUGCGACGAACAAGACGGGAUUCAUCUCUACGCUACCCGUUUCCGAGAUUAAUUCGGAUUGUCCGCACGACACUCGCACGACUCCCGAGGGCACUGCUGUCUUGUUUGGAUCCCAGGCCAUCCCCGGAACCAACACUUUCUUCUCUACUGACGCCUCUUUCGGAGCGGCGGUAUUCAGCCUUGACCAGGCAACUGGAGGCGUAACUACUGUUGGCAAGCAAGCCCUUAGCGACCAGAAGGCGACAUGCUGGUCUGCCUAUGCCCCCGCUACCAAGAGUGUCUUCGUUACAGAUGUUGCUCUGCCUCGCAUCGUUGAGAUGAGCGCCAAGGACGCCAGUAUCAUUUCCCAGAUUGACCUAUCCCACACGGGUGACGCGGGCUUCAUCGACCUCGCGGCGGCUGGUAACUUUCUCUAUGUCCUAUCCCCUGGAAAUCAGACUACCGGCGCUGCUGUUGUUGUUUUGGAUAUUUCUGGUGGCCAAGGAAAAGCGAAGUUUCUUCAGAGAUUCAGUGUCGAGGAGUUGGCCGGUAGAAAUUCUCAGGGGCUAGCGGUUCUUCAUUAAGCAUUUUAGGGAGUUGUUUAUUUACUUCGUAUUCAUAUUUUACUCAUUUUGUCAUCAUAUUUUAAAACCUCGGCGCAAGAUAUAGAAUUAAAUUUUU